UGCGAGGGGCUCUGGCAAAUGGACAUGGCCGCUGGGAAACCUACUCCACCUCCGGGGUACUUAGCGACAGAGUGAGCAGCUGUAACCACAGCUGAGAGGCUGGGUGGAGGCGAGAGAGUGGGCGAGAGAGAGAAACAUAUUUGGAGAUUUCAAUCAGAACUCACAGUGAGGAUUGUGAAAUCAGUAACAAUGCAGAAACCUUGUGGAGUGGCUCGUAAAACAACGGAGACACAGCCACAGCCCCUCAAGAUGGACGGCAUGUACCCCAUCAUCAGCCGCAAUAAGAAAGUGGCACAGAGCAGGAGCGAGGCCUUUCAGCAGCUGAAGGCGGAGUGUGUGAGGAGCAGCUCUCUGUACCAGGACCCUGAAUUCCCUGCAGACGACUCCUCUCUCUUUGCCACACAGCCGUUGCCCUUUACCCUGAAAUGGAUGAGACCCCCGGAGAUCUGUGAGAAUCCGCAGUUCAUCAUUGGCGGAGCUUCGCGGACUGAUAUAUGUCAGGGAGAUUUAGGUGACUGCUGGUUCCUGGCCGCCAUCGCCUGUCUGACUCUGAACGAGAAGCUGCUUUACCGAGUCAUCCCGAAAGACCAGAGCUUCACCGACAACUACGCUGGAAUCUUCCACUUCCAGUUCUGGAGGUUUGGUGACUGGGUGGAUGUGAUCAUCGAUGACCGGCUGCCGACUUACAACAAUCAGCUCGUCUUCACCAAAUCUGCUGAGCGCAAUGAGUUCUGGAGCGCACUGCUGGAGAAGGCCUACGCCAAGGUGCAUGGCUCGUACGAGGCGCUGAAGGGGGGCAACACGACAGAGGCGAUGGAGGACUUCACGGGGGGAGUGACCGAGUUUAUUGAGAUUAAGACAGCCCCGCGGGAGCUCUUCAAGAUCAUGAGGAAAGCCAAUCAGAGAGGCUCACUGAUGGGCUGCUCCAUAGAGGAUGGCAUAUCCUUUGGGGAGGGAAUGACGCCCCAGUCGCAGAUCCAGCGGUUCCUGGCUCGGAAUGUGAGGCCAGCUGAUCAGGGGGAGUCCGGGGCCAGGGCUCAGUCCCAGGGACAGCCCACGGACCUGCCUACCAGGGGGUAUGUCCCGGUGCUGUUUGAGACUCGUACGGCCAGUGGGCUGGUGAAAGGUCACGCUUACUCCGUCACCGGCUUGGAGGAGGUCACCUACAAGAACCAAAAGAUAAAGAUAGUCCGUUUGCGGAAUCCCUGGGGACAAGUGGAGUGGACAGGGCCCUGGAGUGACAGCUCCCGGGAGUGGGCGGGCAUCGAGAAGCCGGACAAACAGAGACUGCAACACCUGAAAAAGGAGGAUGGGGAGUUCUGGAUGUCAUUUGAUGACUUUAAGAAGAGCUUCACUAAGCUGGAGAUCUGUAACCUGACGCCGGAUGCGCUGGAGGACGACAAACUGCACAAGUGGACGGUAUCCAUCAACGAGGGCCGCUGGCUGCGGGGCUGCUCUGCCGGCGGCUGCCGCAACUACCCCGAGACAUUCUGGACAAACCCUCAGUUCUGGUUGAAGUUGCUGGAAGAGGAUGAUGACCCCGAUGACCCCGCGGUGCUCUGCACCUUCGUGGUUGCGUUAAUGCAGAAACACCGCCGGCGAGAGCGUCGCCAGGGCGCCAGCUUCUUCACCAUCGGCUUCGCCAUCUAUCAGGUCCCAAAGGAGCUACAGGGCAGCAAACAACACCUGCCGAAGGACUUCUUCCUGCACCAGGCGUCCAAGACGCGCAGCAAAUCCUACAUUAACCUGCGGGAGGUGUCCCAGAGAUUCCGCCUGGCGCCUGGGGAGUACGUCAUCGUCCCCUCCACGUACGAGCCACACCAGGAGGGAGACUUCAUCCUCAGGGUCUUCUCUGAGAAACAGAACUUAUCAGAGCCUGAUUUACUUGUGUAUUUCAGAGAACUGGAGAAUCAGAUCGUGGCUGACCACCCCGAGCAGCCAAUCAUCUUUAUAUCUGAUAGAGGCCGUGGUAAGGUCCUCAUAGAUGCCGGCAGCACCAAGAGCGAGGACAAGGGGCCCGGCCAGCCCCAGCCGGUCACAGACACACAAAACAAUGAGGAGGACAAACAGUUCCAGAAAAUCUUCCAGCAGAUCGCAGGGGAGGAUAUGCAGAUCACAGCUGCAGAGCUAAUGUCCAUCCUGAACCGUGUGGUGAAGAAGUACAACAUGAAGACCGAAGGCUUCACGCUGGAGUCCUGCCGCAGUAUGGUCGCCCUGAUGGAUACCGACGGAACGGGAAAACUCAACCUGAUGGAAUUCCAACAUCUGUGGAACAAGAUUAAACAGUGGCAGGGAAUCUUUCGGGAAUACGACAAGGACAAGACAGGAACCAUCAACAGCUAUGAGAUGCGGACGGCAGUGAACGCUGCAGGUUUCCAUCUCAAUAACCAGCUGUAUCAGAUCAUCUCCAUGCGCUACGCAGACGAGGACAUGAACCUGAGCUUUGACAGCUUUAUCUGCUGCCUGGUCAGGCUGGAGGGCAUGUUCAGAGCUUUCCAAGCGUUCGACAAAGAUGGAGACGGAAUCAUUAAACUCAGUGUCCUGGAGUGGUUGCAGCUCACCAUGUAUGCAUGAAGAACCCAGGUGUGUGGAGCGAAGGCUGCUCUGUGCUUCCCCCCCCCCACUCCCACCCCUCUCUCUCUCUCUCUCUCUCCUGUGCCUGGUUAUUACCUCACACUGAACACCCAGACCUCAGACUGAUCACCACAUCGCCUCGGCAGGAGCGCUCGCUCACUCGCUCGCGACGAGUACCUCAGGAGCUACCGUAACCAGUGGAGCCACCGUCUCGGUGACUCUGCAGGAAUCUGCCGUCACGGCUGACGCAUCGGCAGCAAUGUCUGUUUACAAUAAACCACUCGCUGUCAGCACA